AUGGAGAUCUUGGCUCUCCAGCAGGCCAGCAUGUAUGCGGUUAUCCACAUGUUCCAUCAAUUCCCAAACGAAGGAGAAGCAAAUGUCAACUAUACCCACAUGCAGCCUCAACCGCAGCUGAAGAAGGUCUCGGGUAUGACGGCCACUGGGUCGACUGAUACAUUGCUAUGCAGCCGCAGCCAAGAUACCAAGAUGCCGAAGCACAGCGUUUAA